AUGGCGAUGGCGAUGGCACCCGCAGAGUCCCCGGAUUCUCCUGCGCCGCCGCCACGACGGGCCUUGCUCCUGCUGCCUAGGAGGCGUCCACCGUUCGAGGGUGCAGUCCUUGCUGCUGUUGUGGCUGCGGCUCCUCCUGUUCUCCAACGAGCUCGGCCUUUUGUGACGGAAACCUUCAAGUCGAAGAGAUGUAAGGAGCUUCCUGUGGGGGCCGCUUGCCUGGUGCUUUUUCCAGACACGGAAAGGGAGGCCGACACGGCUCCUGUCCAGAAGCUGAGCCGCAUCCACGACAUCCUCCAGCAAGGUGAUCAGCUGCUGGGAGGCGCGGACGAGGCAGAGAUGGAGGCGCUUCGUCUCAGCCAACGCCUGAGGAGUUGCAAGGACGAUCCAGCACGCCUGGGACCUGGUGUGGGGCGCCUGAGUGCCUGGCUGAAAGAGAGGACAUCACAGGGCCGACGCUUUUUGGGUGGAGACAGGCUUUCCUUACGAAGUGAUGUUGCCCUUGUCGGUGCUUUGCUCACAUCUCGCUCCUGGUGCCGCCGCCUAGCCAGAACCUCGCUGCAAAAGCUCCAAGCUUCCAAGCAGCCGCUGAAAGGGACGGACUUGGUUUUGAAGUGGAUGCUCACCGUGUUGAACGAGGAGCCUUGCCAACAGGCACUGCGGGCAGCGCGGGAUUUCGAAGCAGCUUCCUGGCCCUGGCAGGACGAGACGCUUCCUCCGGAGCUUUGCGACUUCCUUCGUGGCCUUGAGGUGCCCGAGCCCCUCUGUGCUGAGGAGCUGUUGUCGCCCUCGGAGCGAUCGAAGCUGGCAGAGGAGCAGCGCCAGGCUGAACUUGCUGCCAUUCCUCUUGUGAAGGCAGUGCAGCAGGGAAAUGUUGAGGCGGUCCGCAGCCUCCUGGCAGCGGGUGUGAGCGUCGAUGCAAAGUUCCGGACGAAGCACCACGAAGUGCGACUGGAGCACAUCGCCUGCGCCGUGGGAGUGUCUCGUCCGAAGUGCCGCGAAAGUGACGACGAUCACCCUGCCAAGCUCAUUGCUCGUGACCUAAAUCUCCAACUCUUUCCCGAGCGAGAUCCUGAUGUGGAGGCGAAGGGUAUCGAAAUUCUACGCCUACUCAUUGAGCACCGUGGAUCGCUGGAGGCAUUGGAUUCUGAUGGCGGCACUCCGGCCUUCUACGCGGCCAUGGCAGGAAAUGUGCGAUGCUUCGAGUACAUGCUCCAGACUGGAGGUGAAAAGGUGUUCCACCACCAGGAUUACUUGGAUCGAUAUCCACUCUACUGGGCGACAUCAAACGACCAGCCAGCAGCCGUUCGUUGGCUGCUGCAACACACCACUUUGCCCGUUGAUGCCCGCAGCCGACAUGGGCGUACUGCACUCGCCAAGGCUGCGUGGUCGGACUCUCCGGACAUCGCUGCGAUGCUGCUGGAGAAAAGGGCGGAUCCACGGAUCGUCGACGAUCACCAGCGCACGGUUGUGCACAUGGCAUCUUGGGGUACCUGGGGUGGUCGCCGCGGCGGGAAGUUUGUGAAUGGCCGCGCAGCGGGCGCCAGCCCGCGAUGCUUGCAGCUUCUGCUGGCCACGGAGGAGGGCCGCCUUUGCAUGCACGUUGCCGACCGUGAUGGGGGCACGCCGAUAGCGAUUGCGUCAGCUACUGGAGCACUGGAUGCCUUGGAGGAGCUCCUCCGUUGCCCAGAAGGGCUCAGGCAAGUCCGUGAUCCUCCUCCGGAGCUGCAGGACUUUUUACCCCUUGCGGCAGCAGCUUUUCGCGGCCACGUCGGCUGCAUGCAAAUGCUGCUGGCGGCACGCGCGAUACCGGAACUCCGUGCAAAGCGUACCGCCAGGUCUGCUAUGGAUUUUGCCGUGAUUGGGCAGGAGCUGCCCACUGCAGAGCUCUUGGCAGACCAGCUGUCGCCAGGCCCUGCCACCACUGCGAUUUUCGCUACAGCCUUGACGUGGGCUGUGCAUACUGGCGUGACAG